ACAUUACUGGAACCGCCACCCGCCCUAAAAAGAAAGAGCUCAUCCUUUUGCAAAACCGCCUCUCUAUAGCAUAUACGAGUACUGUAGUACAUGAUAUUGUUGCCUUCAAUCCUCAAAGAAAAUACAGCGGAUGGUCGCAAAUCAAAUACUAUACACACCAAUUUUGCACCAAUUUUCCAAUUGCUUCUUCAAUUUUAUGGGUUAUUGCAGCUAAUAAUUUGUCCUGGUUUAUCUGAUCUAUCGCGAAUCCGAGGUUUCACUUAUACCAGGGGUAUUAUAUACGCUAAAGGAAUAAAUCUCCCAUCAGCUCCCACAGGAUGCAACUAUUGUGGUUCUUGUCUUAAUCCAAGAAUUUGUUCUUGUGCUAAACUCAAUGGUUCUGAUUUUCCCUAUGUUCAUAAAUAUGGUGGUAGGCGAGUACAGUGUUGCAUUCGUUUGUUGGAGAUACUUAUCGAGCCAAAGGCUGGUGUUUUUGAGUGUGGUCUGAAUUGUGGGUGCGGACCUGCCUAUGUCAACCGCACUUUUCAGAAAGGAUUGAGAUAUCGUCUUGAGGUUUUUCGUACUCCAAACAAGGGAUGGGGUGUGAGAUUAUGGGAUUAUAUUCCUUAUGUAGCAACCAUAUGUGAAUACAUUGGUCUUUUGAAGAAGACAGAUCAGAUUGACCCUGCAGCAGAUAAAAAUUAUGUUUUUGACAUUGAUUGCUUGCAAACAAUGAAAGGGCUUGAUGGGAGGGAGGCAAGUAUCCUGUUAUUUUAUCGCCCAAAUUUCCAUUUCUUGUUCUCUUAUGUCAUAUACAGGUCUUCUAGGUUUAGCCGAAGGCCGCCUCCAAAACUACUAUUUUCUCCUGGACUUGAUAUAAGAUCUAGCUGUGUACAAAUUAUCCAACUUUUGCACUCUCUGAUAGUUUUGGCUGUUGCAGUUUUCCCAGAGAUCAGGCAUCAUGACAAUAGCGCAAUUCUCCCAUUUGGGCUUUGGAUUCUUUGUUUUGUUUUCUUAUCCACUUUAUUUUCUUUUGUUGUUCUACAGAGACGGCUGGGUGAGGUUUCUUUGCUGGGAAACUGACCGAAGGAUGUUGAGAAGACAUUUGAUGGAGGGUCAGAGUAUUGCAUUGAUGCUGUCUCUGUUGGAAAUUUUUCGAGGUUUAUUAAUCAUAGGGCCUAGGUAGUCGGAUAAAGCCAACAAGACAUCUAUAUUAAUAGUAUUAGUUAAUAGAGAAUGUCAAUUUUCUUUUUUCCAUGAAGUAUUUGUGUAAACAAUGACAUGACUAAUGUGUGUGUGUAUAUAUAUAUAUAUGGUGUUUAUGUGUAUAUAUGAAAGCAAAUAAUGGUAAUUUUAGAGACCAAUUGUCCCUUC